UAUGGAGAUAAAGAUGAAGAUGAUGGAAAUAGAGAGAGAUAAUGGUCUUCGCUAUCAAAGCUUGAUGAAAUCUGUUUAAAUUGAUUUCCAGAUAUUUGGAACUUCUUAAUAUCUCUUUGCCACCUUAGGGAAUCCGCUCGCAAUCGAGCUCAGCCUUCCUUACUUAUUUCGAACUUAUUUGCCUCAUUCAUUAAUAUGCGCUCAAGCAGAGCCAUGUAGUGUCAUCAACGGUGUGGAAACAUGAGUAAUGCUUGUGUAUUUUCAUAUCGUUAUAAAAUAUGGAAUAAAUUGUUGGCAAAUAAUCACGAAAUUCAAUUUGCGACACGCAUCAAGCUGGCUGUGCUAAUUCUGUCUUCAUUGUGUCAACGCUUUAUUAGCGCAGCGUGAAAUAUGUUUUCAUUUGUUGCUGCCGACACAAAGCAGUAGCGAAAUGAAAUUAUAUGAUUUGAAUAAUAAUUGAAUUAAAAUCAGCAGAAAGAAGCAAAACAACCGGGAGACAUGCUCCGAAGACCGCAAAAUACGGAAAGUACAUAGCUGAAGAGAAAGUGGAAGAAAAAGAAGAGGCAAGCGUAUGUAUGUGUGUUGGAUGUGGAUGUGGAUAGGCGUCACACGCAUCAAAUCCGAAGAAAUACUGGAAAUUACCGCAGCAACAUGUUGUGCUGCCAGCAAGCGACUGCGUGUGUGUGUGUGUGCGGUUAUUUGGUUGUUGCCUGCCACAGCACAAUUACGGGCGAAAUUAAAUCAUUGCAUGUACAAUGCGCACUGCUGACAGCAAAGAAAAUAUACGAGCGCAAUCCACAUACAAACAAACAUACAGGCAACAGGCAUGCGUAUGUCACAGGUGCUCACACACACAUUCAUGAUUACGUAUGAGCGCGUGGAACAACGGAGGACAAUCACACAAUCAUUGUCAGUUGCAUGUGCAACAGCAUGUGGCAACACAUGUACACAAAUAUCAUACACACACACACGCACGUGGCAAUCAACCAAGGGUUCGUUAUAUGUAAAUGCGUUGCUGACGGGCGGCUAGCUGCUCGGUCCUUGAUGGUUGGCGGGCGGUAGUUGGCGUUGUGCGGUCUUCAUUUCCUACGUUGACAAGCAUGCCGCCGUGUCGUGCAUCAUGUGCAACACGCGUGCCGCCGGCAGACAUAUCAGAAUGCAUCGGCCUUAUGCGGCAUGCCGUCAAGUGUGGCCGUAGGGUUUUGCAAAAAUCUACAAUUGGAAAAUGAGGGAAUCCGCAUAAAAACGCUGAUUGCAGAAUACCGUUGUGAUUGUUGCAGGAAUUGAUCUCGAUAAGUUGGCUAGUUCUGUCGAGUUGAAAUGAGCUUCCAAUUUGGAACUGAUAAUGUCUAGUAUAUAUACAGAGAAGUUUGGGUUCCACGUACAUACCUUAGAGAGUUUAUCUAAAGAGGGUAAGCAAGGUUUAAACUACAACAGAAUGUGGGUCAUUGUACUCUAAUAUGGGAUACUGUACUGAAAAGGUUAUCUCAGUGAUCAUCACCGUUCUAAGUUUCAUUGUCUUCCAGUUAAAGUAAUUUGUUCAAAUCUCACCUCGACCGCGCCUCUUUGAAGACUCUGGGAUUCACCAAUUUAGCCGCUGGUCUUCCCUUUUCUAGACAAGUGACCCUUUUUGGAAUCGAACGAAAGAUAUUUAUCAAGAAAUAAUCCGACCGUGCCGCUAUGAAGACUCUAGCACCACAUAGAGUUUCCAUAGAUCCGGGAACUCCAAAUUCGCACAUAUAUAAUAGGAACUACUGCGUAUCUAAUAGCAUCGUUGCAUGAUGUAAUAAUCGAGACACACUCAUUAAUAUAUACUAUAUGUAUUCUUUUUAAUUACAUUUACAGCCCAUACGCUGAUACAAUCAUCUCUUUAGGUCCCAUCAUCAUUUUACAUUACAACAUUAAGCCAGUAAUAAAGUUUACAGCAAAGGGUUCGAAUAUUCAAAUCAACAAGACUCGUCUCACACAAGCACUCUGCGCCUCUCUUGGCGCUUCUAUGAUUUAUUGUUCAUGCCUAACUGUAAUAUGAAAGAGUACUCAUUUAAAUUUAACGGCUUUGUUGAAAGCUACGCCCAGCCAUUAGAACCGCAAGCAUUAAGGUUCUAGCAAACUUUUGAUGCGAUUGCCGGCAUGCCGUGCAUAUUUCCACUCAUUUGCGUAACGGUAGUCUUCAAAGUCGCAUCGUAGCACCACCACCACGUAUUUACUGAACCAAUUCGCGCCAAUUUCGGUUGCCAUGCAUGGACAUUUCGUGUUGAUUUUCGUGCUAAAAUACAUAAUUCAGUCCGAUGCGGUGAACGGCAUAGCGACGCCGGGCACCAUCUGCAACUCAACGAUCCGUUACAAUUUGGGACAUGCGCUGGGCUCUAUUAUCGACAGAUUCUUUGUGCCAAACUCCAGCGAUAUGAUGGUGUCCCUACAUGCAAAGCACAAGCAGUCGUGGCGUCUGAUGCAGGAUCUGCUGACUUGUGCGACGCCAUUUAUGUUUAACAUCAAACUGCAUAUCGAAAAUAUUGAUGGGCCACGCCUACAAACUUCCGCCAGAAAGUACAAUCUGCUGCUGAUUGAUGGACCGCAGGCGUUAGUCGAGCUGGAUCCAGCGAAGUUCACGAAGGAAUUCGAUUUUUCCGAGCACUACUUGAUACUGCUUAUAGAUCCAGACAAAUCACGAGCGCCGAAUCUGCUCAUUGCCACCAUUUUGAAUUACUUCUUUAGCAACUAUCUCAUCAACGUGAGUGUCUUGUAUGAAAGUAAACCCGACUAUGUCGAGGUCUACACAUAUUUUCCUUUCCUGGAUAACAAUUCAUGUAAGGCAAAUAAUGUACGUGUCAUUAAUGUCUACAAUGGCACAUGGGUGAAGUCCUUGGCGACAAAUAUCUUUCCCAAUAAGCUCACAAAUAUGCAAAAUUGCUCGCUCACAGUGGCUGUCUGGGAUGCGCCGCCAUAUUUAAGUUACUACCCGAACAGGAGUAGCUAUGCGCAGUUAGGUUCGUUCGAAGGCGAAAUGCUCAUCGUAUUAGCGAAGAAGCUCAACUUCACUAUGGAGCUGGUGGAGCCACCGAACGAUGAGCAACGCGGUCGACGCUUAGAGAAUGGUACCUUAACGGGCGCCAUGAAAAUGCUGCAUGAUCAUUUGGCGGAUUUGAGUUUGGGUUGCUUUCGUUACACAGUGGAACGUUGCGCGCUGCUCACUGGUGCACUGCCGUACUACCAAACGUGGCAAAUAUUUGGCGUCGUCCUGACUACUCAAUUCUACUCUUCCUUGGAAAUAUUUACGUUCCCCUUCGACGCUGAGACCUGGUUUGGGCUCGUAUUUAGUUUCCAAUUAGUCCUCCUACUAGCCUAUUUUAUAUACCAACGCAGUAAGGAUUCACCGCUUGCCCACAUUAUGAUUGGCUAUCCGCGUCCGCGUUCUCCUCUAAUCAGCGUAUACAGCCUCUUUCUCGGUAUUCCCAUACAACGCGUGCCACAUACAAACUUCGCACGUUUCGUCUUGGUUAUGUGGGUUACAUACGGUUAUGUGAUGCGUAAUGCCUACCAGAGCUUUCUCUAUCAACUACUACAAACCGAUCUAUAUCGCACGCCACCGCAAAAUAUCUUCGAACUCAUGAAAGACGGCUACUCGCUCGUAAUGACCGCGUCUACACUGAAUACGGUGGGUUCGCUGCCUCUGUUGGCGAAGGGUCGCAUACCAAUAAUAUUAAAUAACAGCACGUACGAAUGGAAGUCGUACGAAAUGGUGGAGCAAAUGGGUGGAAGGUUGGCUGGCGUUUCGCCGAGAGACUAUCUCACCUACUACGUGAUGUCCAAGCACAGACGCGGUGUUUUCUAUGUGCUGCCCGAUAGACUCUUUGCUCAACACAUUACCAUAUACUUCCCGAAGCAUAGCUACUUGACGGAACGGUUCAAUUUCUUGCUCAUGCAACUGCGCAGCCAAGGUCUGGUCGAUUACUGGGCGGAAAAGUAUCUAGACCUGAGUUACUACGAUCUUGUCGCGGCCGAGGACAACGAUGCGCUUGAUAUGGACGACCUCGGGGGAUUAUUUAUUAUGUACCUGACGUUGGUGGGCUUGGCGUCGCUGGUAUUUCUGGUGGAAUUACUGUGGCACAGAUGGGGAAGGACUAAGUGUUAAAUUAAAUUAAAUUAAUAAUUAAAACGUAAUAUAAACUAUACACGAAGUUCGUUUAAUUGGAAGGAGAAAACCACCUUACAAACCGUGUGGUAUCAGGGUAGAGUUGGAACCUUUUUUUAACCA